CGGGGUCUCUAAUUUCAGGAAUGCUUGGGAAAGCAUGGCCCAGAUUAUGAGCGAGUGGAUGAAUAUGGUCUCGGUGCAAGGGAAAGCUUGGCAGAAGCCAUCAAUACGGUCAUAGACCUUCUUGGCAUGCAGCCCUGUGAGGGCACAGAGGUGGUCCCACCAAACUCAAGAUCGCACACUUGCUUAUUGUCUGGUGUUUACAUGUGCAACUUAAAGGUUCUAGUUUGGCUCUCGUUCAACAUUGACGGGCCAAAAGAAGUUGCAAUGAAACUUGCCGUUAGAUCCGAGGAUGAAUCUGCCAGCCAUGCUAUUCACGAAAUUGUAGCAAGCGGCUAGUUGGAUACUUGGGAGGGUUUUUUUUUUCAGUCAACUAUACCGUAUUACCGUCUUUCCUUUUUUCUUUUGUGAAUGGGAUUGGAAAUUUAUGGGUGCCACAAGACCCACCGGCUAUGAGAUGAAUAUGCAUAGCAGUCUUGACUUGGUGUGAGGAUGUUCCUCUCCUAUGUAGUUCUUAUUUUGUGGAGAGAUUUAUUUGUAGAUUGUAUCAAGCAUAUGCCUGAUUUACUGUUCCUCGUUCUGCGAAAUGAAUUUUUGAAACACCAUUACCGAUGGUCUUAGAAUCGUUUAUGUUGUGUACUAUUCAUUUUUAACAUUCUGAACUUCAAACAUAAAUUCACCACUCAUUUUUGUGUG